UUUCCAGUUGAAUCUCCGCCUUCUAUUGUCCACCUUCUUCAUCGGCGGAGCCGAUCGCCGCCGUCCCAUCAAACAGCAAUCGUCAUCCACAAUCUCUCUCUUCUUUCUCUCUCUUAGCCAGUUCCCACGUGGCGCGAAUCCACCAUUCCUUUUCGAUGACGCUUCAAAUUCUCCUAACGGAACCAUCAAACGAAGCACGAGCCCUCCGCCCUAAUUCCGGUGGGUAGGGAAUGGAAAAUUAGGGUUCCGAUUCCUUUUCCCCCAAACAUUUCUGAUGAAUUUAUUCUCUGCGAAUCGAACAUCCAUUUGUAUUGGGAAUUUGGAUUUUGAUCCAACUUCUCAAAGCCCAACUCCUAUUUCUACACCUGUCCCGUCCAUUUCGGAAUCUGAUUCACUCCUUUUCAUUCCCCCGCAAAUGCCUAUUUAAAUGCGCCAUGCGAAUUCCUAGGAGACAGCUAUCCUUUUGCCUCUCCUUGUUUUCGCUCGAAUUCUCAUACCCUGUAUCCCCUCGACACUUUCUUGGAGUUCCCAAAGGGAUUCAUACACUAAGAUUAAAUCGGUCGUGUGCUAUUGGUGCCAUGGGUGAGAAUCUAGGGGCUGUCAUGAAGGACAAGAGACCGCAUUCUCUGGAUGUCACCCACAGUGAGGAUGUCCAGCAACCAUGCAUAUGGUCAUCAUCAGUAGAAUGCAACAUUGACAUAGGAAAGCAGAUCUUUUGCAAUAGAUCUUUGAAUAUGAAAAAUAUUGUUGCCGUGGGGUUCGACAUGGAUUACACGUUGGCACAAUACAAGCCAGAAACUUUCGAGUCCCUUGCAUAUGAAGGCACAAUAAGAAAGCUGGUUUAUGAUUUGGCGUAUUCCGAAGAGUUGCUGAAUUGGUCAUUUGAUUGGAAAUACAUGGUCAGAGGUUUGGUUCUUGACAAAAGGAGAGGCAACAUAUUGAAGAUGGAUAGGCACAAGUAUGUCAAAGUGGCCUAUCAUGGUUUCAAAGAGUUGUCCAAGGAUGAUAAAGUCGAGACCUACGGAAGUACUCUAGUACGGGAUUCGUUUGAUGAACCCGACUAUGCUCUCAUUGAUACCCUUUUUUCACUAGCUGAAGCUUACUUGUUUGCUCAACUGGUAGACUUUAAGGACAAUAAUCCAGACAAAGUUCCAGAGGAUGUCGAUUAUGCUCGAAUGUAUAAAGAUGUUAGAGCUGCCGUAGAUAUGUGUCACCGCGACGGAACCUUAAAGCAAAUGGUUGCAAAGGAUCCCAAAAGGUUUAUCAAUGUGGAUACCUCAAUUGUACCCAUGCUUAAAAUGCUCAGAGAUUCUGGCCGUUCUACUUUCUUGGUGACAAACAGCUUAUGGGACUACACGAACGUUGUGAUGAACUUUCUUUGUACUUCUUCUGCACCAGAUGGUGAUCAGAAGUGCAAUUUAGAUUGGCUUCAGUAUUUCGAUGUCAUCAUUACUGGCAGUGCUAAACCAGGCUUUUUCCAUGAGGACAACCGUGCUAAUCUAUUUGGGGUCGAACCGAAGUCGGGAAUGCUACUUAAUACUGAUAAUGGCUCGCCUUUGCCUCAGGUGGGAAACACUUCAGAAAUGUCUUCACCGACGAAGGUAGAUAAAUCUUGCAAAGUUUUUCAGGGAGGCAAUGUCAUGCAUCUACAUAAACUUCUUCAAAUUGAAUCAAGUUCACAGGUUCUCUAUGUCGGGGAUCACAUCUAUGGAGAUAUAUUACGAAGCAAAAAGGCUCUCGGAUGGAGGACUAUGCUUGUUGUUCCAGAGCUCGAAAGGGAGGUCGAGCUCUUAUGGGAGUUGAGGAAGACACGCAAGCAACUUCAGCUAUUAAGAAAUGAUCGGGAUGCCAUCGAAGACAAAAUACAUCAUUUGAAGUGGUCUCUCAAGUUUGAAGACGUCGAGGCUGAUGAAAAGGAGAGACUAUCUGCUGAACUACAUCAGUUAGAGAGUGAACAAGAACGAGUGCGGCUGAGUCAUCAAGACGCCCUACGGGACUGUCAUCGACAGUUUCAUGGGGUUUGGGGACAGCUUAUGAAGACUGGAUAUCAAAACUCUAGGUUUGCUCAUCAAGUAGAGAGAUUUGCAUGCCUUUACAGCAGCCAAGUGACCAACUUGAGCCUUUAUUCCCCAGCUAAAUACUACAGGCCAAGUGAAGAUUUUAUGCCCCAUGAAUUUGGUAUCAUCCCUCUAUGAACAUAGUUGAUUGAUUACAUAGUUGUAUUUUCACCAUUUUAAUACAAGUUUAGCUUCGAGCACUUAAAGGCUGCUCCCUAGGUCUACCGUCGUCAACUAUCGAUAACUAUCGAUAAACCUUGACUUCAGUCGAGUAUUAUAAAUGGCUAGUAAGUGGCCGUAUGGCUAGGGUUAAGAUUUGCAAACAAUUUGCAAACACAGGUAAACAUGAAUCAUAACCAUGGUUUUGGAUUCAUGUGAUUUACCUAUGCUCGGGAUGUAUAUCAAUUUCAUACUCACGGUUCUAUGUGCAUCACUUUUAUGCAUAGGACCUACCCGGACUCCUAUUGAUUUAGUACUUUCUGGAUCUUGUCGGUUGAUAUCAAUUUCAUAUGUAAGUAGUAUUAAUUUCAUAUGUAUUGAUCCCACAUGUCAAUGCUGUAUUAUUAUGCGGGACCUUGUGAGUCAU